AUGAACCCGUCUACAACGCAAAGUGCACCAUACGAUACGUCGACAUCUACGACUGCUGCACAAACAGAUGUGGAAACAAUCUUGACGAAUAUGUCGUCACCAACCUAUUCAACCCGAGAGGUAUCCUCGUCAAGUUUAUUAUCAUCCACCGACCCAGCACCGACCUCUUCGCUUGUUACGUCUGGUACAGAUGGAAACCAGUGUCUCAGCAUUUCGGUCGGUAUUCGAAUAAUAUUGUAUAUUGGGUCUAUUGCCCUUUUGAUACUAUUCCUCUUCGUGAUGCGCUUACUGUCUAUCGGAAAGAACGAUGAAAAUACGCCAUCCUAUUUUCAGUUAUAUCUUGCUUGCAUGUCCUGCGGUAAUAAUUAUGUUGGCAAUCGGGAUAGUGAAGUGUCAUAUGACAAAAAUGUGGAAUCAACAGUUAACAACUGCUAA